UCAUCUACACAGACGCAGUCAAAUGCUCGAUAUUGACGUACAACGUUUUCCCGAAGACUCCUACCCCUAAUGGUAUCCAUUGUCCUGCAAUCAACAAGGUAACGAAAUAUACAUACAAGAAGAAUCGAACAAAGUCGAAGAAUUUCUCUGGGACAUUAUUUAACGAUGUAUUGAUCGUUUUUCCAACGCGGAAUUCGCGUUGUGCGACUUCUCUAUUUUUCUAAUUAGGCUACCACUGAAUGAGUUAUAAUAAUUAUACCUGUUCACUUUUUUGUGGAUUGUUUUUAUAUUUAAAACGCUUGUUUUAGGCGUUGAUGAUUUAAAAAACAAAACAUGUAAUAUAUAUAUAUAUAUAUAUAAAAAGGGAAGGGAAUAAAAGGACCACUAAAAUAAUUGUGUUCAGGUAUCGCUCCUAAAACCGGAGAGGGAAUCUCUCUCUAUUGUUUGUUUUUUUUGACAAGGAGUGUAUUUAUGAGCGAUAAUAAUUCCACGUUAGGACUUGGACUAUAGUUGCCACAGCAGAGACAUUUGGACACGCCGCCAGUCCCGACUGCGUGAUGUAUCCGUGAGAGUUGACCCGAUACAACGCAACUGUUUCUGCCGGACUCACAGGGAGCGGGGGAGUUCAUGGAGGUUAUUAGUGGGACCCGCUAGGAUGGACGUGGUGGAUGAAACCGAAGCGUUACAGAGAUUUUUUGAGGGUCAUGAUAUUACCAGCUCCUUGGAGCCAGCGAACAUUGACACCAGUAUCCUGGAGGACUACAUCGGUAAGGAGGACGACAGCACUGACAUCUGUUUCUCUGAGGUCCACAGCGGUGCCCCAGGGGCUAACUCCUACUCCUUAACCCAGGCCGGAGUCUCCUCCGCUGGGAGUCUAUUGUGUGGCGUGAGCUCCCCUAUCUCCCUACGUCAAGGAAACCCCCAGCCCCACCAGACACCCUAUCCCCCACCCCCUCCCCUGGGCCUGCUGAGACACAACAACUACCCUUGCCUGGGGCAACAGCACCACCAGCAGAACCAGAACCAGCAGCACCACAUCAAGCCUGAACACAGAGGAAACUACGCACCUGGGAGCCUCCCAGAGUCCCCCCCAGACUCCAGUUCUGAGCCGUACUCCCCUCAGCAGGUCAAUGACACUCAUAUGCUGAGGACCAUGACACCAGAGAACAUGUGUCACAUGACCCCGCCACCUCUACCCCCACAUGGCCACGGAUAUCCCAACAUGCACCGGGACAUGUACCUGAAGGCCGAGCCAAUGAUCUCACAGUACCCUGUUGGCCCCACCUCCAGUGGGAGUGGACAAGACCUGCAACAGACUCAGCUGAUGCAUCAACUCCUUCAACAGCAGGAUGGGAUACCAGUCCACCAGACAAAGAAGAGAAAACCCUCUGACUCUCCAAACAGCCUCAACUCUCAGAUCCUCACAGGUAUCAUCAAACAAGAGCCAGUAGACAUUGUUUCUGGCCCAGGUUUGAUGGUGGAUGCUGAUAACUCCUACCUGGACCCCAACUACCAGUGUAUAAAGUGGCAGCCGCACCAGAAGAACAAGUGGACGCCGUUGUACGACGUCAACUGCAAAGAACUCCCGAUGCCCACCUACCGCGUAGAUGCUGACAAGGGCUUCAACUUCUCCCUCGCAGACGACGCCUUCGUGUGUCAGAAAAAGAACCACUUCCAGGUCACUGUGUACUGCGGCAUGCUGGGAGAUCCCAAGUACAUCAAGACCAGCGAGGGCCUGCAGCCCAUAGACUGCUUUUAUCUCAAACUCAACGGGGUUAAGCUGGAAGCAAUGAACCAGUCCAUUAACGUGGAGCAGUCCCAGUCAGACCGCAGCAAGAGACCCUUCAAACCAGUACUGGUCACACUGCCCCCGGAGCAGGUUACCAAGGUAACAGUGGGACGCCUACACUUCAGCGAGACCACAGCCAAUAACAUGAGGAAGAAAGGCAAACCCAACCCUGACCAGAGGUACUUCAUGCUGGUGGUAGCGUUGCAGGCCCAGGCCCACAGUCAGAGCUUCACGGUGGCCGCGCAGGUGUCCGAGAGGAUCAUCGUCAGGGUAACCUCUGCGUCUAACCCGGGUCAGUUUGAGAGUGACAGUGAGGUGUUGUGGCAGCGCGGUCAGCUACCUGACUCAGUGUACCACCACGGCCGGGUCGGUAUCAACACCGACCGGCCAGACGAGGCCAUGGUCAUCCACGGCAACCUGAAGGUCAUGGGGUCACUGGUGCACCCUUCCGAUAUACGGGCUAAAGAGAACGUCCACGAGGUGGACACUACAGGCAACCUGAAGCGGAUCAGUCAGAUGAGGCUGGUUCAUUAUCAGUACAAGCCUGAGUUUGCUUCCAGCAUGGGCAUCGACUCCAGCCCAGAGACUGGAGUGAUAGCUCAGGACGUGCAGCAGAUCCUGCCUGAAGCUGUGAAGGAGGGCGGAGAUGUGAUCUGCUCUAACGGAGAGACCAUCCCUAAACUACUGGUGGUUAACAAGGACCGUAUCUUCAUGGAGAACGUAGGAGCAGUGAAAGAGCUGUGUAAACUGACUGACAACCUGGAGACUCGUAUAGAUGAGCUGGAGCGCUGGAGUAGGAAGCUGGCCAAACUCCGCCGUCUGGACAGCAUGAAGAGUACCGUCAGCGGAGGCACCACCAGCCAAUCAGGAAGCCAGUUCAGCAGGACAGGAAGUGUCCCUCUGAAGAAGAAGAAGACAGUCAAACCUGGGAGCAAGAGUCUGACCCCAGAGCAGGGCUGUAUCAGCCACAGGGUGAUGCAGGGAAUCAUUCUGGCUCUAGUCGUCGUCAUGACCUUCAGUGUCAUCUCCAUGUCCGUCCUGUACGUGUUGACACUGCACCACAGAGGCGAUGUCUCUGAGAAGGCUGGGUCCAGGUCUGCAGUGGGAUCAUCUAGAAGGACGGCCUCCGGUCCUCGAUCCACCACCCCGACACUUCCAGAUGCAGUCCCGCCCUCUCCUUCACUGUCCAAUCCUGCAGCUUGUUGCCCGCCUACAACUGCUACAAACAACCAAUCAGCAACUGCUCUGUCGCCAAGCAACAACCAAUCUACAUCGGAGCUGAGUAGUCCGGGUAAUAUCAACAAGAAGGCCAAGUCCAGGCCUGUGGACAAGGACGGACGCUACCGGAACCGUCUCAGCCACACCUCCGCCCCCAUGUACCUGUCCAAGGCGAAGAGACCUGCCCCUGCCCCUGCAGGAGACCUGGAGGUUGUAGGGGGGGCCACGAACAGGCUGCCUGGACCGGGUGGGCCUGGAGGCCAACAGACCCUGCCUCGGAGACAACGUCGGGACAACACACACAGCGACACAGAGGAGGAAGCAGGGGAAAUAUCAUCCCUUAUAGAUCUACACAUCCUGGAGACAGACCAACACAUCUCAUCACACAACUGUCCCCAUCCUGACAGCUGCAGCUUUACCGUACCACUCUCAGCAAGCAAGAACUCUUCCAUGUCACAGAUCACUCUACACAUGAUUUCCAGAGCCAGCGUGUGGGUCAGACAGUGUGGGGCCACCAGAGGACGUCUGUGUCCUGACCACACAGAGACAGAGCUUCACGCUGGAGAGAAAAAAGUCACUGAGGGGACAGAUCACCUGUGGCCAGUAUCUGUCCUGUCAUUCCAGGACGUGACCUAUCACUUCAGAGUGGCCGAGUCUGGUGAAGUGAGGUGUGGCUCAGAGGAGGAGAAUGUAUCCAUCCCACCACCAUCAUACUCUGACUUCAACUUCCUCAUUCAAAGCAGCUGCGCAUGAGAGGAGAGGGAACUAAGCAUGCAAACUAGUGUGCUUGCUUUGAAUCUAGCCUAUCCCCUGACUCAGGGUUUCUUAAAGGGGGGAGGCCCUUUUGUCUACGUCCCCAGGGUCAGAUGAACCAAUUUUUGUGUCUCUGCGUCCAGUAUGAUGUUAGAGGUAGUUUUGCGAGCCAAUGCUAACUAGCGUUAGCGCAAUGACUGGAAGUCUACAGGAACAGCUAGCAUUCUAGCUGUUCUCAUAUAGCUCAAUGACUGGAAGUCCACAGGAGCAAUUUAGCAACUUUCUUCAUACUGCACACAGAGACAUAAAACUUGUAUUCACGAGUUCAUUUGACUCUGGGGAAGUAGAUAAAAUCCCAACUAUCCCUUUAACUACUACACCUCCUAUCCCAUCCCCCUCUAUCUCUCUCUCUCUCUCUCUCUAUCUCUCUCUCUCUCUCUCUCUCUCUCUCUCUCUCUCUCUCUCUCUCUCUCUCUCUCUCUCUCUCUCUCUCUCUCUCUCUCUCUCUCUCUCUCUCUCUCUCUCUCUUCUAUCCAUCCUGUCCUGUAUAGAAACAUAUCCACCAGACUACAGCUCCUAUGCACGUCACUGUAUGAAACCUAGGUUUCUCAUAAUGCUAUAGUGUUAUAUUAUGUCUUAUUAAUCAUUGUGUAAUUUAUAAUAUCCCAUUUUCCUAAACUUGUUUUGUGUCUCCUGUAUUCACUCUAACCAUUCCUUAUGACUGAAAACACAAACCCUGUGUUGAAUGUAAUGGGCUUAAUACACUUGGUUCUAGUGAGAACACUGUAUGUCAGCAGAUGACAGGAGAGUCGCAUUGGACUUACAUUCCUUUCUGUAUGUCUUGACUUCCUGUCUGGAUCCUCCCAGGUGGCACCAUGGUCAGUGGAUUUGGAUAUACUACUGUAGAAGUUUGUCUCAAACAUUCUUUUGUCUAUGCAUUGCGGUAACGAAAUCCCCCCAGGUUUUCCAGAAAUCCCGUUUGGAAGAUUCCCGCAAUCAGAAGUGACGAAAUCUGGAACCUUCUCAAAACAGGAUAUUUGGAAAAUCUGGGAAUUUUGUGAAAGAUACCAGAAUUAAGUCUGACCUAUCUGUUAGAGCAGAUCAAAUGUUUCCCUACGAGGAGCUGGUUUUCUGUUCUACCUGAUCAUUCAUUACACACACCUGGUCUAACCAGUCCCCGAUUAGAGGGGAAUCACCCACCUGGUGUCCCAGGUCUAAAUCAGUCCCCGAUUAGAGGGGAAUCACCCA